CACCACACUCACUCCCCCCCAAGCUAAGAUUCUGGAGUACCUUCGUACCUACAUAUAAGACAUGUAUAUACGCACUCUCAUUGGCUGAGGCGGUACUUCAGCUGCCAGUACCUCCUGAUCACAAUCGACCACGGUAACUCUCACUUCCACCAACUGGCUUGUGGUCACUGGCGAUGCUCACUGGCUAUGCUUCCUCCUCCCACUACCAACCAGCGAGUCAGAUCGAUCGUCUUACUAUAAACUCUUCCUUCUUCCUCCGAUGCGACAAAAACUACUUCAUUUCUUCCUCGGAUGAACAUAACUACUAUGCUGUAGAAACAGCAAGACGGCGUGUCUAUAACUCCCCCCUCAUCGUGGCAUCUGUUCACUCAGCCAUGCAUUCAAUAGGCCUAGGGUCCUAUUGUACUAUCCCCGAAACCCUUCCUUAGCCCGGCGGCUACAGACAAACAAAGAGAGAGUAUAUCAACAGAGAUCGAAGAACCGCGGCCAAGGACACUCCUGCACCGCGAGGCGCUAAUAAUCCGCCAUAACAACUGGGAAGUUGCGACCGACGUUGCGACCGAAGUUCAGCCUCAGCCUCUCCUACCCCGAGCGAGCUGUUGUAACCCUCGUGGCUACUCAACACAACUCCUCCCACUUCACUUCGAAUCAUCCCCAUCGAUCAAACCCCACCAAACCUCUCACAGAGACCUCACUGGCUGAGACAUAAACACUCUGAUGCUUCCACCAGCUCUCUCGGGACAACACCCCAUCCCCAGCUAGCUAGCAACCCCACAAACGACAUCGCCAUGGAGCCUGUCCCGGAGACAGAACGCAUGUCUGAAUUCCGCUCCUCCCCCGUCCCAACCCUCCGCAUCCACGAAGCCCCGUCCUUCCAACCCUACAUCCCCCCCUCCAACAACCCAUCAUGGAGCACAAAACCCCCCAGCACCCGCCGUGCCACCGACCCCACGCCCUCCUCCCCCCUCGGCUGGGGCCCAACAACCGUCGCCUACCGCCCCCGCAACGUCUCGCCCUACAACCGCGGCCAUGUACGCUCGCACUCUGCGGCUAGCACACCGACGCCGCCUAUGUCGCGGGCGAAGUCCAUGCCGGGGGUCAGCAGAGUUGGGUUCUUCAAUAUCGGGUCACCUGCGCGGCCGUCUAGUCCAGCGGGGUCGCCGAAUAGGAAUCGAGCGUUGAGAAAGCCGGUCGAUGAGGCAUUUCCCGUGGCGCCGCCGCUGCCGAAUCGCGGGCUCAAGAUCGAUACUAGUGACCAUGUUGCUAUUCCAGAAGAAGUAGAGGAGGAAGAGGAGGAAGAGACGCCGAGGGGAUACGAUAGGAGUGCCUCCCCUAACCUACUACCUUCGAUGUCGAACCCACACCUCAGACGCUCGUCAUCACCCUCUCGGAACUUAUCAAUACACUACCCCACCAGCGGCGCCACAACCCCAACCUCACCAUCCUCGAUAACCUCCUCACCAUUAUACCCAACGAGCCGAUACGACGGACGCUACGACUCCUUCAACAGCUACCCCUACGCCACCUCCACCUCCUCGGUCCCCACAACCCCCUCCUCCCUCCGCUCCCGCAGCCCCAGCAUCUCGAGUCUGGAAACCAUCCCCGACACCCCCGACGCGGAGGAGGCAGCGCUGGAGGCGGAGCGGAUCGCGCAGCUCAAGGCGGCGGCGGAUGCGGUGGAGGGGGAGGAGGGGGGAGGGGGGGGAUCGGAUGCCGUGGUGGGGAGGGGGAGGAAGCUGAGUCCGGGGUUUGGGAGGGAUAAGAGUAAACGAUGGAGUGUGUGUGGGGCGGAGAGGAGGGGGGAUAUUGAUUUGGAGACGAUUUGGGAGGAUUGAUGGAGGGAUGGAGGCGUUAAGGGGGGUUGGCUCGGACAUAUUGGGUCUUAGGGCCAGGAGCCGAUUUUAAUGGACUUGAUGUCUUUUACUAUGCUAUGCUGUGACUGUUAUGUUCUUGUGAGGUAACUGUACUAUUUGGGGGGUGGGCUGGUUGAAGAACUCUGGGUUCGCCGAUUAACUUCUUU